GGGAGACAUUAGAUAUGUAGAUGGUUUUGCGUCAAAAAAACCCAUUAACGUAAUAUAUAAAUAAAAAAAAUAUUAUCAUUGUGUCAUACAUGUAGCAUUUUUUAAUCCUUAAUUCUUACCCAAAAAGAAUACAAGUAGUUAAAUCUGUUUUGAAAUCCAAACGACAUUCACUUCAUCAACCUUCCCCUUCAACGAACAAUGAUGAGGAUACGUUCUUGAGUCUUCAAACAACAAACCGCUGAACAAAAUCACUCAACUAACAACCAACAACAAUGCAAGAUCCAUCAAAUCUGAACUCAAAACCCUCAAAUACGACACCGUUUCCAUUCAAACCGUCACACCACCGGCGUGCACAAUCGGAGGUCAACUUCCGGCUACCGGAAGACCUAGAUCUGGCAUCAGAUCCUUUAGAUGCACCUUCUGGAAGCUUCGAAGAUAUCGGAUCUGAAGAAGAUCUGUUCUCUACUUACAUGAACAUUGAAAAAAUCGGAUCUAUCGUCAAUCACGCUAACGGCGUUGUCGACGGCGGCCGGAUCAGCAAUGCCGUCGGUGAAGGCGGAGGUUCUGAUGAUAAUUACGGUGGCGGUGGUGGCGUUGUUGAUGGAGAGAAGAUCAGUACGAAACCUAGACAUCGGUAUAGUAAUUCGGUUGAUAGUUCGAGUUGUUUUGGUGAGAUUAUUGAAGCGAAGAAGGCUAUGGCUCCUGAUAAGCUUGCUGAGUUGUGGACUGUUGAUCCGAAGCGUGCGAAGAGGAUUUUGGCAAAUCGACAAUCUGCUGCACGUUCAAAGGAGAGGAAAGCACGCUACAUCUCUGACCUUGAGAGAAAAGUUCAAACCCUACAAACCGAAGCAACUACCCUUUCUGCGCAAUUGGCUCUCUUUCAGAGGGAUACUGCUGGUUUGUCUUCUGAAAACACGGAGCUUAAACUACGGUUACAGGCUAUGGAACAACAAGCUCAGUUAAGCGAUGCUCUGAACGAGGCUCUGAAACAGGAAGUGGAAAGGCUGAGAAUAGCGACAGGGGAAAGUUCAGAUGGUUACAGCCUCGGGAUUCACCGUAAUGUUCAAUAUAAUCAACCAAACUUCUUCAGAAGCCAGAAACAAACCGAGCUGCCACAAUACCACAACGCCGCCCAAUCAAACCACCAUCUACUUGCCCAGCAGGACCCUCUUGGCCAUUUCCAGGGGCUUGAUAUCAAUAACCGAGGCGGUUCUCAUCCUAUCAAGUCUGAAGGAGUAUCAAUCUCCGCCAGUGAAAGCAGCGGUACAUUCUGAUUUUUAAACGGUCUUUGUGCACCAUUUAUAAUUGUUCAUAGACUGACACCUUGUUAGUAGCUAGCUUCAUCAUAUAUAUAUUUUUUUCUAAAUUUAAUUAAUUUUUUUUUACAUUAUUAGUGUUUAACCAGGCAAUGGUUUUGUUGUGUUUCUACUGUAACAUUUAUUGUGUUGUUCAUUUGUGAACUGUGAAGUGUAUUUUAACUUUUAUUGUGUUGUAGUUUAUUGUGAACUGUGAAGUGUAUUUUGUUUGAUGGACUCAAUGAAUGGUAUUUUGUGUUGAUUA